AUGGCGUUCCCCUUUCCUUAUUAUCGUGAUGCUCGUCAAUUACCAGGGCCUCUUCCCCAUCCUCAUGAAGUUGAACGAGCAACACGAACCCUCCCCAAGAGAUCAGACUACGGUGGGCGCCUGGUCGUGAUUAGAGACAAAUAUGUUGUGAAAUAUGGCCCCCUCGUGACUGAAAAUGAGGGGUAUGCUCUCCUUUUUGUUGAACAGCUUAAUAUUGCAGCACCACGACUCUACGCCAUGUACCGCGAUCAGGACACCCUAUAUAUUAUCAUGGAAUAUGUCCCCGGUGUUUCUCUAGGGACGGUGUGGGCAUUACUCACUGAGAUGAGAGCGCUGCCAUCACCAGGAUUUUACGGCAGUGUCAACCGAGGACCCAUUCCCCAUAGGUAUUUCUUUUCUUGUGAAAAAGACCCUACCAUUACCGGCUCUUUUCAGACAGAAGAAGAAUUCGGAAAAGCCAUCGCACUUCGCUCGAAAGCUAUGUGGAGCGAAUCAAAUAGUCAUAGUUUUCUCUCUGACUAUCUUGCUCGCCACCUCCCAUUAGUACUUCUGAAUCAUCCGCCUACUUUUACCCACGGAGAUCUUUAUAGAGAGAAUAUCCUCGUCAAAAAGAUCGUCAAUUCUGCCACAAAUAAAGAAGAAUAUGAAGUAGCUGCUCUUGUGGACUGGGAAACAGCAGGAUGGUAUCCUUCAUACUGGGAAUAUGCUCAUAUCUUCCCCCUAUUACAGUGGAUUGACGACUGGCCAGCGUAUAUUGAGAAGAUUCUCGAUCCCUUGCCGCUGGAGGGUGCCAUGAUGCGGGUUGUCUUUAGUGAUCUGGAGUUCUAA